CACGUGAGCAUGUAGUAAAAUGGCGACUGUUUGAGUUGUAAACUUAAGAUUUUCUGUUGAAAUAUUUAGUAGAAGUCUGAUCAUAGAAGAUAAUAGAAUUUACAGCUCAGCCUACAUAUCAAACUAUCGAGAUCUGCACCAUAUAUUUCUACUUGACGAGUCAAGUUGAUUUAUCAUGUCGGACGACCGCAGCUCAGACGAGGAUGAGGAGUUCGAAGACGGACUAUACGUCCACGAACACGAGGGGAACCUUAGUAAAUGGACGAACUACAUCCAUGGGUGGCAAGAUCGGUGGGUAUCAUUGAAAGGCGGUACUAUGAGUUACUAUAAAUCGAAGAAUGAUAUUACUGCAGGCUGCCGUGGAUCGAUGAGCCUAGCGAAGGCAGACAUACAGCUUCAUGAAUUUGAUGAAUUGAGAUUUGAUGUAACUGUUAAUGACAGUGUAUGGUAUUUCAAGGCAGCAACACUGGAAGAAAAACAGCUAUGGUUGGAUGCACUAGAAGCUCAGAAAAGUGAUUCCUGUCACGCAUACAUACCAUAA